UGGUGUGUGUGUGUUGAUGUCAGCAUGGAGAGCACGGAGGAUCGACCCUGUGACUCUAACUUCUAGGAUAUGACAGCUGAUUUCGACAAUGACACUGUAGUUACCAGCGUCCGUAGACAGUCUGAGCAUAAUGGAAUACAAAGUAAUUCAGUAUAUUUCUUUGUAGCUUGACAAAAUGAAUUUGCUUAAUGUUCGAAGGCGUCUGAUGGAAAUCUAGAGACACUAACACAAACCCCAAAACGGCCAAAGUUCUUGCUUCACUGGAUAAUAACUGUACCGUGUAACGUACAGUAUACAGGACAAUCACGUAGCGUACUACAGGGGAUGAGUGAUGGAGGCAGGCUCGGUGGUCCGUGCCGUGUUUGAGUUCCUCCCCAGCGUCUCCGAGGAGCUGCCCCUCUUCCCUGGUGACGUCAUCGAAGUGCUCAGCGUGGUGGACGAGUUCUGGUUGCUCGGCAACAAGGAUGGAGUCACAGGCCAGUUUCCCACCACUUUUGUGGAGGCGGUGACUAUCCCCAGCACCAAGCCAGAGGAGGAGCUCUACGUAUGCAUCAAUGACUUCAGCUCUGCAGAACCAGGCACCCUCCCACUUAAGAGAGGCGACAUAGUCGCUGGAGAGAGCGGAGCCGACAGCGUGGGUGCCUGGCAGCGAGGGCGGAGUUUCUGUGGAACCCGUGGCGUCUUCCCCGCGUCGUGCGUCAAGGAGCUCCACCUGUCGGGGCGCUCCAGGCAGCUCUCGGAGCGCUCUGCCCAGGCCCAGGCCUCCGAGCUCCCCCCUCACGCCCUGGGACAGGCUCGGGCCCUCAUGGGCCUCCACGCACAGCUCCACGAAGAGCUGGACUUUCGCGAGGGGGACCUCAUCACCAUCACCGGCCUCCCGGAGCCAGGCUGGUUUCAGGGGGAGCUGGACGGGCGGAGGGGGAUGUUCCCAGAGGGGUUUGUGGAGCUCUUGGGCCCCCUCAGGUCCCCCCAUGAUACAGAACCAGAUCCAGAGAACUACCAGGCUGACAGUUUGCACUACGACCCUGAGCCGUUGAACUAUGACCCCUUUGACACCGGGGAUGGAAUUGAGGAGGAGGAGGCAGGGGAGAAAGAGGGCUAUGAACAUGUGGAGGAGCACAGGGAGGAGGAGGAGGGCGUUUACGGAGUGGCGCUGUACGAGUUCCGGGCGAUCGACAUGGGGGAGCUGGACUUUGACGUGGGCGAGCGCAUCCGCGUGCUGGGCAGGACGGAGGACGGCUGGCUGGAGGGGGAGCUGCGCGGGAGGCGGGGCAUCUUCCCGCACCGCUUCAUCAAGAUGGAGGACGAGGGGCGGCACGCGACCGAAGAAAUUAAGACUGUUGUCGAAACGACGGGAGGAGAGGAGGAGGAGGAGAGCGUCUAUUCCUCAGAGUAUUGCUCCGACCUACAGGACCAUAGCGGUCCGGAGUAUGGCUCCGAAUGGACACCUCAAGAGGACCACACGGUGUGGGACCUCGACUACUUUGAGAGGGCUGAGGAGCGGAAAUGGCAACAGGAUGCGGUUAGCGAGCGGGCGGUACCGGAGAGCUCCGGGACUCGUACUCAGGACAGGGAGGAAAGGAGGAGGAGGACCGAGCCACUGCCCCAUAGGCCAGCAGCCCCUGCACAGCGAGGACCCCAGAGACCCAGCUCAGCUCCUCAUGGGAGGCCCAGGCUUCCCCCUCGGCCUAGCCUGCCGGCGCUUAGCCACAGGCACCACGUUAGCCACAAUGCUAACAGCACGAACGGUAGCAGGGCUAACUAUCCUGAAGCAGCCCACCCUUUUAAACGAGCUCUAAGCCUCAAUCUACACAGCUCACUGCCUGCCUGGUCAAAAGAUAAUGGACACUACCAGAGGUCACCAACAGACGGUGCCACCAGUAAUGGAAAAGGCGCCGGUAUUGGCAAGGCGUUACUUGGGCUAGUAGAGGUCCACAGACAGAAGAAACUGACUCGUCACUCCAGCAUCAACGAUGUUGAUUUGGUGACGGGUGUCAGUGGCGACCGCAGGGGGCGGUCCUUGCAGGAGGGGCGGGGCUUGAACGGCCUCCUGCCUGCCUCCUUCACCAUGGACACCCUAGCGACGUCAGCCGGCGACCUGGAGACCAAACUAUCCCAGCAGCUCUUGGAGUUCGAGAAGAGCCUGGGGGGGAAUGGGCCGGGUGACAGCGGAAGCGUCGCUAGCGACAUUACCAGGGAUUCCGGCGUCGGCGACAACGGUCACAAGGCCAGCGUCUCUCGACACUACUCCAUCCUGGACUUCAGCAGUGAGAACGACAUCAUCCGAGGCUCUGCUCACUCCCCCUUGUCCUUCCUCCUACCUUCCUCCGCCCGCUCCAACUCCGCCUCCUCCUCCCUCGAGCGCCGCAAGACCCUCCGCCCCCCUCCCCCGCGCCCCCGGAUCCUCCGCCCCCCGGCUCCCUACAAGCCUGCCCGCCCCGCUCCACGCCCCCCGCCCCCCUUCCCCCGCCAAAGCGCUGCCCACCCCCCGCCCCUCGUCGGCCCCGUCUUCUACAGCCCCGAGGAGGAGGAGCCCGCCUACGGCGACCUGGCUGCCCGCCAGGAGCGCGAGGCCGAGCGGCAGCUGCGGGCGGAGGAGGCGCUGCAGGCGGAGCUGGAGGCGGAGAGGGAGAGCGAGCGGAGCCGGGAGGAGCGCUACCAGGCUCUGCUGCGGCUGCAGGAGGUGGAGCGAGACAUGGAGGCCUACGCCCAGACUGCCCAGGAGCUGACGGCCAUGCUGGAGGAGGACGACGAGGAGGACGAGGCGGCCCGGCUGCAGGCCAUGGAGAACCUGGAGUUCUGCUCCUACACCCUGGAGACCCUGGCCCUGGAACAGCAGCAGCUGCAAGACAUGACCCUGCUGCCGGCGCAGCCCAAGCCCCUGGAGCCUGCUCCGGUGUGUGCCGUCACGUCGGCGCUGGCCGCCACGGAGGACCCCGAGCAGAGGAUGCUGGAGAAGAGAGCCAAGGUGGUGGAGGAGCUGCUGCAGACAGAGACAGACUACAUCAAGGACCUGCAGAUGUGCGUCCAAGAGAUCAUCCAUCCGCUCCAACGCAAACAGGUGCAAAAUGUGGACUUUGAGGGCCUCUUCGGCAACAUUAACUCUGUGAUCGACUUAUCGCGACGCCUCUUGAAGAACCUCCAGGACACUGACUCUAUUGGCAAAGUCUUCCUAGACUCCAAGACUGAACUAGAGGAGGUGUAUAAGAUCUACUGCCAGAACCAUGACGAUGCCAUCUCCCUCCUGGAGACCUACGAGAAGGACGAGAACAUCCAGAGACACGUGCUGGAGUGCUUAGAGAAGCUGAGGGCCAUAUAUCGCGAGUGGGGGAAGACCAACUACAUCAACCUGGGCUCCUUCCUCAUCAAGCCGGUCCAGAGGGUGAUGCGCUACCCUCUGCUGCUGAUGGAGCUUCUGAACGCCACGCCAGACAGCCACCAUGACAGACUCCAGCUGGCCAAGGCCCUGCUGUCUGUUAAAGAGAUCAACGUCAACAUCAACGAGUUCAAGAGGAGGAAGGACCUUGUUGUGAAGUACAGGAAAGGAGAUGAGGAGACGCUCAUAGACAAGAUCUCUAAGCUGAGCAUGCACUCCAUCAUCAAGAAGUCCAACCGUGUCAGCAGCCACCUCAAACACCUCACAGGAAUCUCUCCUCAGAUCAAAGAUGAGGCGUUCGACGAGGCGGAGAAGAAGUUCCGGCUGCAGGAGAGGCUCAUCAAAUCCUUCAUCAGAGAUAUCUCUCUCUACCUGCAGCACAUACGAGAGUCGGCGUCCGUGAAAGUGUUGGCUGCCAUCAGUUUCUGUGACAUCUACACAGACAGGAGUCAGAUGGACCCUGAGUACUUCCAGAGAGCUCACCGCUGCAUCAGCGACAAGCAGUUCAGCCACUUUAAGGAGCGUACGGAAGCCUUGGUCAUCUCCCCCCUCACCCAGCUCCUGCUGAUGUUCGCCGGCCCCCACAAGCUCAUUCAGAAGCGCUUCGACAAGCUGCUGGACUACGACAACUGCAAGGAGCGCGCCGAGCGCCUCAAGGACCGCCGCGUCCAGGACGAGCUGCAGGCGGCGCGCAACAACUACGAGGCGCUCAAUGCUCAGCUGCUGGACGAGCUGCCCAAGUUCCACCGCUCGGCCGAGGAGCUGUUCACCGGCUGUGUGCGGGCCUUCGCCCACUCCCAGAAAGACUUCACCAAGCUGACACUAGGGGAGCUGCAGCCGCUCCUGCAGUUUUCUGGUAUUGGGGGCACGGAAGGGAACCUAGUGUCCCUGUUCCAGGAGCAGUAUGGGCACGUUCUCCAGCUUCUCCAGAGCUUCAGUUUCUGUCCAGAGAACUUGCCACCCUCCACGACCACACGCAAGGCCUUCGAGAAGAAGACCCUGGAGAAACAGACUUCCAAAAAGCAGCUUCAAGGGCCGCCCAACUGCAUCCUGCAGACAGAUGAGCAGCGGGCUCUCCUGUUGGCGCGCUACGGUCCAGAGAAGCUCUUCCAGGCCGAGAGGAACUUCAAUGCUGCCCAAGACCUGGACGUGUCUGUCCUGGAGGGCGACAUCGUCGGGGUCGUCAAGCAGCAGGACCCCAUGGGUAGUAACAACCGCUGGCUUAUUGACACCGGGGUCAGCAAAGGCUUUGUUUACAGUUCCUUCCUGAAGCCUUAUAACCCACGCCGGAGUCACUCAGACGUCUCCAUCGAGAGCCAGUCGUCCAACGAGUCGGGCUACGGAGGCUCCUCCCCCGUCUUCUCCCGCCAGAACAGCAACAGCACGCUCACCUUCAACCAGGAGACCGCUGCGGUCAGCUUCUCCACAGCCCCGCCCCCGAGCCACUCCUCGCCGCGCCCCAGCCAGGAUCCGGACCUAUCCCGCAGAGCCCACUACAGAGAUGCGCCCUCGCCCAACCGCAAUCCCACCAAUCAGACCUACGCGAUUGACUCGUUGCCCAAACACCUCUCCACUCCCAGGGAAUACUCAGAUCCAUCCUAUCGGCUAUCACCCUGUCACAGCGACAGUACAGACAGGCAUUCAGCCAAUCACAGGGACUCCAUUGACUCGAGCCACACCACCCCAGCUACUCACAGGGAGCUGUAUGACUCCUCGGAGACAGACUCUUGUUCUUCGCACAAAAGCAACCGUUUGGGUCCUUCACAGAGGCAUGGCCAAUCAGACACGGCCUACGGUUCAUACCAGCGGCAGAAUGGAGAUCGUGCUGGCCAGAGGAAGUCUUCCUACCCCAGGAACGAGGAUAUUGAACCAGAGCCCGAGCAAGAACCUGAACCUGAGUCAGAGCUGGAUGGCCAUCAGAUCUACUACGCCAUUUACUCCUUCAGCGCUCGUUGUGCCAACGAGCUGAGCAUCUCGGCCAAUCAGCGCGUCCGCAUCCUGGAGUUCCAGGACAUGAAUGGCAACAGCGAGUGGUGGUUAGGUGAGGCCGGGGGCCGGAGAGGCUACGUCCCCUCCAACUACAUCCGCAAGUCAGAGUACACCUGAGCAGUUUCCCGGGGGGGGGGGGGGGGUAACCCCCCAGUCCAAUCUUGACCUCCACCCACGGUAGUGCUCCAACCACGAGGGAAGCUGCUCUCCGGACUAAACAGCCUCCCUCCCUCCGAAACAAACAAAACAAGGAAGUGAACAGACAGCUGGCCAGCCUGGUGCCUUACUAUAGAAGGGGAUGCAUUGUUGUGGAGUUUGCUGGUGAGGGGGAGGAACUUCUUUUGGACUUCAUUUGUGCUGCUGACUUACUCCUCUGAAAGUUGUUGGACUUGAUAUUUAUAUACCUUUUUCAGUUUUCUACUUCCCUGGCCUUUCUCUUCCUGCCUCCCCCUUGUAUGCCGUGACAGUCGUGUGACUCAGCAGAGACACACAGGAGGGUUAUAUUACUCAUAACGGAGGGCAUUUUGCAGACUUCCAGUAUGGCCCCAAGACUGCCUGCAGUUGCCAUAGAACACUACUGUUUCAGAAAGGUUGAGUUUGUGGAGUGUACAGUAAUGAAUGCGUGAGCUAUUUAAACGAGCGCUAGAGAGUAUGUGGGUGGCUCUUGCAAGUUAGGUGAGGAGUAUUAAAUAUAUGGUAUUAGUGCUGGCCCCAUCCUGACACAAGGGCAUGUCCCCAACACAGACACCCAUCUCAUGCCACUACUUACUGUUAAUGUAAGUUCUUUUAAUCAAGUACUUUUUAUGAAAUAACACAGUACAAUACAAAAUUGGGGCAUAUUAUUCGGGUUUCAAUACUGUAGUCCGUAGAGAAGACACUGUAUUCUUAUGAAAGUGACUGCCGUUUUGAAAGCAGAAGGAAAGUGUUGUUAUAAUGACAUCCCAUGGCCCUGAGAAUAUUAGAUGAAGCAUAAGCAGGUCUUCAUUGGGUUGACAGAUCAGUGUAAUAUGCAUGGUUUGCUGUAGCACUCCCUCAGAUGUUGUGUGAAGCCAGAGGGCUGAACAUCUAUAUCUCUUCAGCUGGUUUGAUGGGGUAACCAUGUGAUGAAAGGUUUGACCUUUGGCAGAAGCAAACAGGAAGGUCGGAGAAAAUGGGACAUCACUGAGAUCUUUUUUAAACUAUUUGGUUCCUCCCUACCUUCUUCAUUUACGUAUAAGGCUGUAUAUUGAGAAUGUAUUUCUGCACUCCAGUGUCAUGUGAUCACUGUAUUCAUUUGAAUAAAAAUCAGCUCAGCUGAGAAAUAUC